CACUAUGGACAUAGACAGCAAUGGGUACUGGUCUGGGGGUUGGUGUGCUAAUGUGGAGCUCCGAAUGCGCUAUAACAUCCCUCAGCAUCUCCCUAACUCAGUCUUUAUUGGGGAUGAGAGGGGAGUGGUCUUUUACCCCGGGCAGCCGAGGGCUUGUUUCAAAUGUGGCUCUUAUGGUCACCGUGCAAAUGCCUGUGCAGUGGUCAGGUGUUCACUUUGUGGUGAUGUUGGGCACAUAGGGCGAGACUGUAAGGACGUAAAGUGCAACCUGUGUGGAUUCUUUGGCCACUCGCACAGGGCUUGUCCCGAGGCUCUUCAUAAUAUCAGGGAGAGUUGCCCUAAUUUGGAGGAGGAGAUGGCUGAGGAAAUGCUGGAAGAGAUCAGAGAGGAGCUUAGAGAAUGUCAGCCCCCAGUCCAAGGGUCAGAGUCUCAUCAGUCCAUAAGUCAGCCUAUACUGGCCAUAGAACCACACAACCCAUCCCCACCUCCUCACCAACCCAAAGGUCCCAAGUCUGCUCCUUUGCCUCAGAGGCAGAGUUCUAAGCCCAUACUCCUAAAAUCUGGUUCUGUAGCUCCAAAAUCCUCUGUCCCUUCUAAAGGAAAAGAAUGGGUGGAAGUUGGUAGAGGGAAAGGAAAGCAGCAAGCCCCACAGAGACUAAUUCCCUCCAUGAAAAUUGAUCUCUCAAAUAAAUUUGCCCCUUUGAGUAGACAAAAAUCUUGGGGGGAAGAAAUGGAGGAACAGGAUGAGCUCAAAAGAAUGGAAAGGGAGGAGGAGAGACAGGCUGAGCCGGAGAGAGUCCCUUUGGAAGCUGAUCCUGUACAUUCCCCUGGUCAAUGUCUUGCUGAAGAAUCUGAUAGUGGGGCGGAGGGGGAUUCCGAAAGCAAGAGUGGGGAUGAUGGGGAAAUGGACACAGGGCAGGAGCAUGUAACCCAAAAAAGGCCCUCUGAAAGGCAGGGGGUUAAAACCCAGGUAAAGAAAGGUAGUGGGGGUGGUAACCUUUCAGUGGACACAGAUGAAAUUGUGUCUAUUGGGGAUGAUGAUCCUGUCCCUUCAGGUGUUCAGGUCAAAAGGUAUGGGGACCUGGAGGGGGAUACCAGUCAGGAGGAUAAGAGACAGGAAGAGGCAAGGAAGAGAAAUAAAAGAUAUAAACAUAAAUCUUAACCAUGGUUUUCUCUCCACUCAGGAUCAUGUCCACCAAUGUAUCAAGUAUGAAGUCGCCCCGUGCCAUGUUCCAAGUAUAUCAAGCCCUCGAACACUCCUCGGCAGAUAUCAUUUUCCUCCAGGAAACCAGAUUGGGAUCCUCUGUGGAUCUUCGGAGGGCUUCCCGGGAGUGGCAUUGUGGUCCCAGCUUCUUCUCGAUUGCACCAGAGCCAGGUGCAGGAGUUGGGAUCCUAUUUCGGGGACAUUCAGGGAUCCAGGUGCAUCGUCUCGUGGAAGUUGAGGCAUUUUCGACAGAUCCCAAGCCUUUGCCUUCAUUAUUAUGGCGGAAGCCUUGAAUUGGGUUUGGGGGUCUUCUUUUUCCUUUGGGUGGGGGAAGGGGUUAGGGUGGGCGUGGGCUUUGGACAUUUUGCUUUGGUGGAGGGGAAUGGAAGCCAAAAAGGACAGAGACAAGACUUUGGAACUGGCUAUCCAUUGGGUGUUGUGGGAUUGGUGAGGGUGUGGGGAGGGGAGGCGGUCAAUAUGGACAAAGGGGUGGACUUUGAUAGUUGGCCGUCCUCAUGUGGGUGGAAUGGGGAGGGAGUAACAAGUGAACUGGUUAUGAUUAAUUCAACAAAACCCUUACUUUUGUAUUGUUAGUAUAAGAAUUGUAUUGUUUUGUUUCUUAUUGUAAGCAUUUUUAUUUUUAAUAAAAAUUC